CCGAGUGUCCGUACACUGUGGUGACAGGAGUGACAGAGUGGGUCUCCGGGGCGCAGGGCUGGCGAGGCCCCCGGGAAGGUUGCAGUGCAAGGGGGCUGAGUUUCCACCUCCAGAACCUCGGCUCCGGGCGCUCGGGCUGCAGCGCUGGUCCCCGCGAGCACGACACUGCACUGCCAGCGAGCCCAGUGGUUAGCGAUGCGGCUGCUGUCGUCGCUGCUGCUGCUGCUGCUACUGCUGGGGACGCCGCUGAGCUGUGCCGAGCGCGCGGCCGAGGCGCUUACCCCCGAGCGCGUCCUCGAGUGGCAGGAUAAAGGAAUAUUCAUUAUCCAAAGUGAGAGCUUCAACAAAUGUAUCCAAGCUGGCAAAUCUGUUCUGACCCUGGAGAAUUGCAAACCACCAAACAAGUACAUGCUGUGGAAAUGGGUUUCAAACCACCGCCUCUUUAACAUAGGGGGCAGCGGUUGCCUGGGCCUGAAUUUAUCUGAUCCCCAGCAGCCGUUAAGCAUAUAUGAAUGUGACUCCACUCAUGUGUCCCUGAGGUGGCGCUGUAACAGGAAGAUGAUCACCGGCCCGCUCCAGUACAUGGUGCAGGUAAAGCACGACGACACGCUGGUGGCCUCAUGGGAAUAUCUUCAUAAGUGGAUUUCCUACAUGUCAGGAGGUGGAAGCAUUUGUGAAUACCUGCACAAAGAUCUGUAUACACUCAAAGGCAAUGCCCAUGGGACACCAUGCAUGUUUCCCUUCCAGUACAACCACCAGUGGCAUCACGAAUGCAUCCAGGAGGGGCGGGAAGACAACUUACUGUGGUGUGCCACGACAAGCCGCUACGAAAGAGACGAGAAGUGGGGAUUUUGCCCAGAUCCCGCAUCUGCAGAGGUGGGCUGUGACGCUGUCUGGGAGAAAGAUCUCAAUUCACACAUUUGCUACCAAUUCAACCUGCUUUCAUCUCUCUCCUGGAGCGAGGCACAUUCUUCCUGCCAGAUGCAAGGAGGCGCUUUACUAAGUAUUGCAGAUGGGACUGAAGAAAAUUUCAUAAGGAAGCACUUGAGUGGCAAAACAGUGGAAGCGUGGAUAGGUCUGAAUCAGUUGGAUGAAAAUGCUGGCUGGCAGUGGUCUGAUGGAACACCACUCAACUACCUGAACUGGAACCCAGAAACAAAUUUUGAGCCAUUUGUUGAAUAUCACUGUGGAACAUUUAAUUCAUUUAUGCCAAAUACCUGGAGAAGUCGGGACUGUGAGGCCACUUUGCCCUAUAUAUGUAAAAAAUACCUAGAUCACACCGAUCACAAAGUAGUUGAAAAAGAUGCUUGGAAAUAUUAUGCUACCCGCUGUGAGCCUGGCUGGAAUCCCUAUAAUCGUAAUUGCUAUAAGCUUCAGAAAGAAGAAAAGACCUGGAGUGAGGCUUUGCAUUCUUGCCAGUCUGAGAAGAGUGCAUUAAUAGACAUAGCUUCGUUAGCAGAGGUGGAGUUUCUUGUCAACCUCCUUGGAGAUGAAAAUGCAUCCGAAACAUGGAUUGGUUUGAGCAGCAAUAAAAUUCCAGUUUCCUUUGAAUGGUCUAACGGCUCUUCAGUCACCUUUACUAAUUGGCACACACAUGAGCCCCGCAUUUUUCCAAAUAGAAGCCAGCUAUGUGUCUCAGCAGAGCAAUCUGAGGGACACUGGAAAGUGAGAAAUUGUGAAGAAACCCUGUUUUACAUGUGUAAGAAAGCAGGCCACGUCCUUUCCAACACCGACUCAGGCUGUCAGGAGGGAUGGGAGCGACAUGGCGGAUUCUGCUAUAAAAUUGACACCAUCCUGCGAAGCUUUGACCAUGCCUCCAGUGGUUAUUACUGUCCCCCUGCACUUGUAACCAUUACAAACAGGUUUGAACAGGCGUUUAUUACCAGUUUGAUCAGUAGUGUGGUAAAAAUGAAGGACAGCUAUUUUUGGAUAGCUCUUCAAGACCAAAAUGACACAGGAGAAUAUACUUGGAGGACAGCAGGGCAGACAUCUGGGCCAGUGCAGUACACACACUGGAAUGCACAUCAGCCCCGCUACAGUGGUGGCUGUGUUGUCAUGCGAGGAAGGAGUCCACCUGGCCGCUGGGAAGUGAAAGACUGCAGGCAUUUUAAGGCAAUGUCCCUGUGCAAACAGCCAGUGGAAAAUUUGGAGAAAACUGAGCAUAAAGAGAGAUGGCCUUUUCACCCCUGCUAUUUGGACUGGGAAUCAAAGCCUGGCCUGGCCAGCUGCUUCAAGGUAUUUCAUAGUGAAAAAGUCUUGAUGAAAAGAACAUGGCGAGAAGCUGAAGCAUUUUGUGAGGAAUUUGGAGCUCAUCUUGCAAGCUUUGCCCAUAUUGAGGAAGAGGAUUUUGUGAAUGAGCUUCUACAUUCAAAAUUUAAUCGGACAGAAGAAAGGCAGUUCUGGAUUGGAUUUAAUAAAAGAAACCCACUGAAUGCUGGCUCUUGGGAGUGGUCUGAUGGAACUCCUGUUAUCUCUUCAUUUUUAGACAAUACUUAUUUUGGAGAAGAUGCAAGAAAUUGUGCUGUUUACAAGGCAAAUAAAACAUUGCUGCCCUCGCACUGUGGUUCCAAACGCGAAUGGAUAUGCAAAAUUCCAAGAGAUGUGAGACCCAAGAUUCCACCCUGGUACCAGUAUGAUGCACCCUGGCUCUUUUAUCAGGAUGCAGAGUACCUUUUUCAUACCUAUGCCUCGGAAUGGUCCUCCUUUGAGUUUGUCUGUGACUGGCUGCACAGUGAUCUUCUCACAAUUCUUUCUGCACACGAGCAAGAAUUCAUCCACAGCAAAAUAAGAGCGCUAUCAAAGUAUGGUGUACAUUGGUGGAUUGGACUUCGAGAAGAAAGAGCCAAUGAUGAAUUUCGCUGGAGAGAUGGAGCCCUGGUAAUCUACCAGAACUGGGACAAAGGAAGAGAAGGACCUAUGAAUAACCAGAGCCAGAGAUGUGGCUUCAUUUCAUCUCUAACAGGACUCUGGGGACGUGAGGAGUGUUCAGUUUCCAUGCCUAGCAUCUGUAAGCGAAAAAAGUUUUGGGUCAUAGAGAAAGAAAAAGAUAUACUGAAACAGCAUGGAACAUGUCCCAAAGGAUGGCUGUAUUUUAACUAUAAGUGUCUUCUGGUGAAAAUCCCCACAGACCCAAACGAUGGGAAGAACUGGACAUCUGCUCAAAGUUUCUGCGUGGAAGAAGGGGGCACACUGGUUGCCAUUGAAAAUGAGGUGGAGCAAGCUUUCAUUACUAUGAAUCUUUUUGGCCAAACCACUAAUGUGUGGAUAGGGUUACAAAGUGAUGAUUAUGAAAAAUGGCUAAAUGGAAAGCCUGUGGCAUAUUCUAACUGGUCUCCGUUUGAUAUAAUAAAUAUUCCAAGUCAUAACACCACCGAAGUUCAAAAACACAUUCCUCUCUGUGUCUUACUGUCAAGUAAUCCUAACUUUCAUUUCACUGGAAAAUGGUAUUUUGAAGACUGUGGAAAAGAACAUUAUGGGUUUGUUUGUGAGAAGAUGCAGGAUACUUCUGGACAUGGUGUAAAUACAUCCGAUAUGUAUCCAAUCCCUAAUACCUUAGAAUAUGGAAACAGAACUUACAAAAUAAUUAGUGCAAAUAUGACUUGGUACACAGCAAUAAAAACCUGCCUGAUGCACGGAGCAGAGCUGGUCAGCAUUACAGAUCAGUAUCACCAGUCCUUCCUCACUGUGAUGCUCAACCGGCUAGGACGUGCCCACUGGAUUGGACUGUUUGCUGAAGAUAAUGAUAUUAAUUUUUACUGGUCAGAUGGCACCAAAUCCUCCUUCACUUUUUGGAAAGAGGAUGAGUCAUCCUUCCUUGGUAACUGUGUUUUCGCCGACACCAAUGGGCGCUGGAGUAGCACUGCCUGCGAGUCAUUUCUGCAAGGAGCUAUUUGUCAUGUACCAACUGAAAUAAGACCAUUUGAACACCCAGAGCUGUGCCCAGAAACAUCUAUUCCCUGGAUAAAAUUCAAAAAGAAUUGCUACAGUUUUUCUACAGUCAUAGACAGUACAACUUUUGAGGCUGCUCAUGAAUUUUGCAAAAAGGAAGGAUCUAAUCUUUUAACAAUCAAGGAUGAGGCUGAAAAUUCAUUUCUCCUAGAAGAGCUUUUUGCUUUUGGUUCUUUUGUCCAGAUGGUUUGGUUGAAUGCUCAGUUUGAUGACAACAGUAAAACCAUAAAGUGGUUUGAUGGAACUCCCACAGACCAGUUAAACUGGGGCAUUCGGAAGCCAAAGAUGGACCACAUCAAACCCCACCUGUGUGUUGCCCUGAGGAUCCCUGAAGGAGUGUGGCAAUUAUCCCCGUGUCAAGAAAAAAAGGGGUUCAUAUGUAAAAUGGAGGCAGACGUUCACAUGGUAAAGGAACAUCCAGAAAAAGGACCAAGUCACAGCGUUGUACCUCUUGCAGUAGCACUGACACUAAUAGUAAUUCUGGCAAUUUCCACCCUUUCCUUCUGCAUAUACAAGCACAGUCGUGGUAUCUUCAGGAGACUUUCAGAAUUUGGGAAUCCUUACUAUCCUACAUCCAACUUUAGUACAGCACAUUUGGAAGAAAAUAUUCUCAUUUCUGAUCUUGAGAAGAAUGACCUAUAAUAAUGAAAUCAGAGAAUGCCACAAUCGUGAGAAUGAGUAAAGACGAUAAGGGGGCCUCUUCUGUAUUUUGCUUUACAGACCAGAUGCCAUUAUAAUGUGAAUUCUGUCACUAUUUUAAUUAUUCUUAAAGUGAUUACUGGUUUUGAAUUGUAACCAAAUCAAAAGGGUGUUGAGUUAUUUAUUUCCCAACUGUGAUCUAUUAUUAAAAUGAGGAAAUUUUACAAUGGUUACUAUUCAGAAAACAAGAACUAUGAAAAGAAACUCCCUAUUGAAAACUCUCUGAACCAAUGUAAAUAAUAGUUUUUGUAUUACUAUGUUUCUACCAAAAAUUUUUGGGAAUUUUAAAACUAAGCUGAUGUCUAUUGAGACAUUUCACCACACUCAUUCCAUUAAAAGAGAGAGAAAAUAAGCAAAUCAAAAUUAAAAACCCUACAUUUAUAUGUGAUAGGAACCAGAAAAAGCUUCUGAGAGGUUUCUUCUUUGUUUUUAAUGCAAUCUUUUUAAUUCAAUCAGUUUUAACAGCAGGGUCUGGAAAUACUGAUUUCUAAGCUUAAAACUCACAGGUUCUUGGCUCUGAACUAAUAUUUAGGGUGACAUUCAUCUUUAUUAGUUCUGAUUUCUCAAACUAAAGGAGAAAAAAAUUUCCUUAUAUAGUAAAGAUCUUGGUUGGCAGCACGCUUUCAUAGCAACCACACAAUGUGGACCAAAACCUUCAACUACUAAAUGAUGACUAAGUUUGAUAGUGAAAAAUACCUUAUAGAUAAGCUUAAGGGAAUUUAUUGAAUUUCAAUACUGUUAAAACUCAUGGAUUUUAUUAAAGACUAAAGGUAUAAGUAUUUAUUAACACUCCUAAUAACCAAAAGAUAUAGAAUGUUAUUUGAAUUUAAAUGGGAAAAAUUGAAUAUCUGACUUAGAGUACCCUUAGAACCAGACUAGAGGAUAUGUUGAGAAGUACUAAAUAAAUUACUCUCCAAUAGGAAUCUAGAUACCUUUGCUAUAUAAAUGAGUUUAUUUGAUGUAUUCUAUUUAGUAAACUAUGGUGGAGGGAAACCAUCUCCAUUUGUGUUGGGCGAGUUAGUGCAGUCAGUAAUUAAUGCCUAAAAACAUGAUACUGUCCAUAAUUUAAAAUCAAAUUUGAUCUUCCUUCAUUAAUUUCUCAUAAAGAAAAAUGACUUCAUCAUCAAUAUUUAAAAGUUUACUCAUUACAUAAAUGUUUAUUGAGUUCCUAUUAAGAACCAAGUAUCAUUCUAGAGACUGGAGGUACUGGGGUGAGCAAGUCAGUGAGAUCUCUGUUUUCAUGGCACUUAUUUUCUAAAGAAAGAAUACUGACGGUAAACCAGUAAAGAAAUACAUGAGUAGAAAAUACCAGGUGGUUAUGAAAAUGAAGGAAGGUCUCAUGAAAGAGAAAAGCUGAGGGACUCUCAGGGCCUCCCUAGAGAGUGUGUUUUAAUUAAUUACAACCAGCUGCCUCAAAACUGGUGGCUACUAGUCACAGGUGGAGCUCUAGGAGAAGGUAUGAACAAAUUUCUAAGUGGAAAACCACCAUCAUUAGAAAUAGUUUGAAGAGUAUGCCUGAAGAAUGAAGUCCCUGUGGCCUGAAACAGUUAAUACAGCUUCCAAAAGCAGCCCUUGGUUACUCCUGUGCAGUUUACACGCUGGAACAACCGACUUCCAUAAUUGCUUCUAAGUUUUGGGCCUUUAUUUUUAAAAGAUAUUCUGUUAUGUGAUAGUUGUAUGUUUAUGACUCAAAAGAAUGAUUGGCUUGAACUAACCAGAUGAUAUAAAAGCUCAAUUUAAUAAUCUGUCAAGUAGAAUUAAAGUUCUGUUCUCGGUGGACUUGGUAAAAAAACAAAACAAACAAACAAAAAAAACAAAAACGCUAAUCAAUUAUCCUUCCAGUCAAAGUAUAUUGAAGUGUAAUAGUCAUGCAUAACAACUUGACAAAGUAUGUUAUUAGUAAAGUGGUUUUGCAGAAAGAAACUGUACUGCUUGUCAGUGCUCUGUACUUUGAUAUUUAGUAUUGAACUACCUCUCCAGAGAGUUUGUCCCUAUGGACAACUCAUGCAGUCCUUCACAUGACUGAAAUUUCAGAAAUAGAAAGUACUGAAAUAUUCUGUUGUAUCCAUAUAUGUGCACUCUAAAAAGCAUUUUUUUUCCACAUCUAUUUUUAACCUGAACUAUAGACUUCAUAGCUGCAACAUGAAAAAGAAAAAAAGUAGCAGGGUCACAAACUCAUUCACAUACAAUUAAUGUGUCCUCCUCAAAAAACAAACAAACAAAAAAAAACAAUUGUUUUCUAUGACUCUGGGUAAUGGAAAAUCUUGCAUUUCCCAAUUAAAGAUAUCUUGGGCUCUUCCAACUCCAAUAGUCUUCUUACUGUUUAAAUGCUUCUUCUUUGGAAAGUUCUACUCCCUAUUCAGGGUACAUUAGGUAGUUUCUUUAGAUAAACAUUCAGUCUUUUGGAGUUUCCUUUCCCUCUUCAAAAUGGUGGUUGGAUAUACAAGACCUUGUUGUGUCCUUGGGGUCCUGGGGGAAGGAGGUGAUAACUGACUGUGGAUGUGUGUUUUCUAGUGUCCACUGAAGGUAGCUGUCUGGUCCCACUCCUGGGAAUUCUGCUGGCAUCUGCUAUGAUAUCUGAAGUUGGUGCAAACUGUAGUCUAUUCUUUUUGAUUUGGCCCCAUCCUUGGCUUCCCCUGGCACUGCCUUAUCCCUGGAGAAUUGGCUGUGACUGCCAUUCAAUUCCCUACCUGGACACUGCAGUUCUUGGUCACAAGGUCACAUCACCCCUGUAGUAGUAAGGUUCCAUCCAGCACCAACCAUUAUUCUGUUAGUCAGGGGAGGCUAACUGCUGUAGCAAAGAAUCUCAAAAUCUUGGUGGCUUAACACAGCAAAUGUUUAUUUCUCAUCCACACUGACAUGGGUUUGCAGGAGGACUUGGGCUCUGUUCGGUCAUUCAUAGGUCCAGGUUCUCCCAAUAUUCUAGGGAAUCCAUCUCCUAAGGUCUUGGAGUCCUCCAAUGGGUCUCCUACCUUUACCUGACAGAAGUUAACUUGAAAUCUAUCUUUCAUUAAUUACAUAGCUUACAUGGGCUAUCGAAAUAUAUUUUCUAAGUGAACAGUCCUCAAAUUUAGAACACAUACCCUGAAAGUGCAUAAAGAUUUCCAAGGGACACAGGGCCAUGGAUAUUUUUAAGGAGCUCAGUUUCCAGAAUCCUUAACCUUCAUGUAUUCUUUCUUGUAAUUAACUUGCAUGAGAACACCCCUGAGAUCAUAGUGUCAUAUUGGUUCUUUCUUCCUACCUCUCUUUGCACAAAUACCUGUCUCCGCCUUAAAAAAAGAAGACAUGAAUUUCACUCUAAAUCUUACCAUGAUGCUUUUUACCUUGGGAAAAUCCUCCAUGGCACCAAACAAAGAAAAAAAUUCAAAGCAAUGAUGUCUGUGAAGCUUCUUUUA